GGAGGGAGAGAAAUGUUUUGGUAGGGGAGGGAGAGAAUGGCCGACUGACCGGCCUAUUUAUUAGAGAAUCCCUACUUGAGGACAUUCAAAGAAGGAAAAAGAACAUUUCUUCAUUUGCCCAUAAAAUUUGAAAAAAAUUUUUCAAAAAAAAAUUUUUUUUUCAGUAAAAUCAAGUAGUAAAUGGAUGCAGCAACAACAACAACAUCUACUGCAACAAAUAAUAAUUUAUUUGGAAAUAUGGAACAAAAAUUUGACUUGGCCGCGUUAUUAAGAAAUGUUGCGGCAGCGGCGGCUGCUAGUUCUAGCAAUAAUAAUGGUAAUGGGACAGUUUCUAUGGUGGCUACUACAGUGCCUGGUUCUACUGCAACCUCUCCAAAUUCUGUUGACAGUUCAGCCCCAAGCAGUUCAACAACUUUAAACGACGGACAUCAAAACCAUCAUCACCUUUUAGGCAACGGAGACUCGCUUUCUUUAAUUGCUGAAUGCAGUGGAACUUGUGGUGGUGGUGGAAGUAGCAGUCGAAGCAGCACUCCUUCAACCAAUACUACUUUGAAUCAACAAACUCCACAAAAUUUGAAAGAACGCAGGCAGAGACGUUCUCCAAUUCCAGCAUUGUCUUUGGCUCCUCCGGGAGUGGUGAAACGACAUGAAUUGCCCUUCACGCCUGUUCAGCCAAUUUAUGCACCAAGCGGUCAUGGUCGUCAAAUUCUGAUUUACGAUUCUCGUUCGCAUCCUGGCCGAAGACGGGAAUUUGCUUAUAAAACGCGUUUCACUAACCAAUCUGGGUUGACUACAGUUUAUUAUCGUUGUAUGGCAUGUCGGGCUCUUCGACAUCGGCUUCAAAGAACUCUAUCAAAAGACCGUUUACCAGCCGUUCCUUGUAUUGCCGUCAAAAAUGAUUUAUUAAUAAAUGAUCCAGACUUUCCCGACGCUUCUGAUCAUUUUUGUUCACCCUUAACAAUUGGGGAAUCUAAUCAACGUUUAAAAAAUACUUUUGAAAGAGGACAUAAAAGGGCUAGAAUGAAAAUGGCUAAUUCUGCUGUAGAGGAGACUAUUAGAAAAGUUGGAAUGUUAAGAGCAGCAAAGUCUGAGAUUCCUAUGGAAGAGGGUAAUAAUGAAUUUUUAAAUGGAAAUAAUAAUGUAACAAUAAAGAAUGAUAUUGAUAACAAUGAAGGAAGAGAUUCUCCUAUUGUUGAUGUUAUUAAUAAUAUUAAAGAUGAUGAAGACAAUACUCUAAAUAAGCAAUUAAUUUGCGAAUUAAAUCUACUCAAAAAUAAUAAUCCGGAAAUGAUAUUAAAAAAAGAAGAAAAUACAAAUAAUUUAUUUGUUCAACAAAACACACCAAAAUAUUUAUUUAAUCGACAACACAGUCCAAAACAAUUAAAUCAGAAUAUUUUACAACAUUCUUUUCAGACCUUGUCUAAUAAUAAUUUAAUUUCUGAGGGAUUAUUGACACCAAAAUUAAUGAAUAACAAUUUUGGACAUUAUCCAAUCUCCACUGCUUCUCCAAAUAUGUUUUUGGGAAAUAAUGGGAAUAAUAAUGAAAAGGGGAAUAAUUUGUGCAAUACGCCUGAUUAUUGUAAGAAAUUCUGA